CUCUAUUCUUCUUCUCCUCUACAACAACCAACUUUGUUUACCUCUACUAUCUACAAAUACUUACUCCUCAACACACUUUCACACUUGUUUCUCCAAUAUUCCUACUUUGCUUUCCAUUUUGCAUCACUUACACUUUAUCUUUAAAACGGAAUCUAGAAAACUCCAUCCUCUACGAUUCUUCUCGACUGGUAGCCUAGCAAAAGACAAGCCCCUAGUUGUGGAACUAAUACACACGAUCCCUUAGAUCAACCAAGACUACGAAAACAUGGACAUGACUUCAUCUUACCAAAAUGGAGUCGAGUCUUCUAACCUUGACCAAAGCCACAACUAUGUCCCAAAUCUCACCUUCUCACCCGCUCACAAUUCCGUGCACUAUGGUAAAGGUCAACCUUUUGCAGACUCUCAGGUUGACUUUAUCACAAGCCUAAAGGUCCGCAUUGCAGUUUUGGAGAAUGAUCUCGUUCAUACUACAAAAGACAAGGAUGAAGCUGUCAAGAGCUCAGUCAUUAUUGCUAGAGCUUUGGGUAAUGUUGCCAAUAAUUCGGGGCUGAUUGCGAAGAAGCUACCGGAUCCUGAUACCGGGGAAUUGGCAGAGCUACGGUUAGAGGUGAAGAGAUUGAAAACAGAGAAUGGGGUGCUUUUGGGUCGACUUGGAGACGUUAGCUUAACAGUCCCAGGAGGAUAUCCGACCCUGUCAACUCCCAGAAAAAGAAACAUCAAAAAUUUCAAGACUCUUGACGAUGUUCUCAGCUCCGAUGAAGAAGAAGAAGAACAAGAGGUCAAAAUUGAAGAUCAAAUUCUCUAUCAAGAACGUGCCGACGCUAACUUUAUCAACAUUCCCACUCCCGCAGUUCUCAAAUGCGGAUUUGAAUUCUCUCCCGAGAAAGCUGUUCGUGGUGAUAAUUAUGCUAAUCGUGGAUACACUAACCGCGAUAACUAUUAUGCACGUUUCAACAAUCGUAAUGUACCCACCGGACCAAGAUCUUUUGAGUUUCCUCCAGAUAUGAGCGAAGGUACGAGUAUCUGGGCUACACCACAACAGAGAGAUGGUGAAAUUAACACUCAUAUGCGAGCUUCUGAUUCUAGAGAACAUAGAUUCCCUGAUUAUUUCAGAUAUGGAGUGGUUUAUGUUCCCAAGGCAGAUGAUCGUGAUACCUUGCGUGGGGUACAUAUUGGUGGACUCCCAAAGGAUAUCGGGUUGAGAGAUGUACUUGCUCGUGUUCGAGGAGGGAGAAUUUAUUCAUCGGUUUUACUGGACACAAUGAAUGUUUCGGGAAGUAACUCUGCGCUCAUCACUUUUAUGAAUCAGGCGAAUGCGGAAGCGUAUGUCGAAUAUGCGAAUGCUCAUCCUAUUACUUUUGGUACAUCGGACUCUGCGGAGGAAAACCAGACCAAGGCAAUUAUCACUCAUCUCCAUACCCCUACAUUCCCCUUUUCCCCUGCAAAGCUCAAGGCAAUUUUUGAGUUCAACCGUACCCGUAUCCUUACAAUCCGCAAUUUUCCACAACAUAUCUCGCUUCGAGGUCUCGAGAGUGAUUUGGCCGGCAGAAAUGCGUUAAAGGCGAACAGUUUGUUGGAAUGGUAUAUUGAUGAAGAGGGACUCUCAGAAUGGAAUUUGUCAGUAUGGAUGAGGCAGUUAGUGCGUUUGGACUGUUGUCUAGUUCAAGGGGUUAUAAGGAUUUUAGAUUGGUAUUGCAGUUUGAGCGGGAUAGCUGUGAGGGGGAUUUGGAGGAAUUGGAGAAAGAACCUGAGAAGAGAAAACCUAUGUUUCCGAGGACUAAAUUUGGAGUUAGAGGUGAGAGAUGUGUAAAUGGUGGAGUUAAUGGAUUGGGGAAUAGUGGAUCGGUCGAAACAUUUGGUUGUCGUACUGAUGAGGUCACGACAUUGGAUAACAGCAGGUGCACUGAAGAGAUUGAUACUUUCAAACCUCAGCCACAGGACAAAAAUUCAAGCAACGAAUCAACAUCUUCACCCAUCGAAGCUCCAUCCGAUGCCCCAGAAAAGACCAAGAUACCGCUUUCAUCACCCCAAAACGCGGACCUCGAAUCAUCGCCGGAAAACAAUGGCUUCUCGAAAUUGCCAGCGCAAAAACAUCUACAUCUCAAUCCACAUUAACAAUACCAAACGCCUCCGCACACACACCUGACACACCCACCUCCAACAACUCCACCCCAAGACCCCGUCUUACCAUCUCAACCACAUCUCUUCCCCCACCAAACACGAAUAAAUCUAGAUCCCCUGACCCCAGCUCUGCAGAAUAUAGUAUUCAUUCUUUUGCUUCUUCUGCUGUUUCUGUCGAUGAUGAGGAUGAUUUGCCUGGAUCCUUUCCUCCCAAGAACAAAGAUCAAGCUCAAGCUCCAGCGCCGGUUCAAAUAAAGACUACAAAAAAUUUCUUGGCUAGUUUUGGAGGACCGCUUGUUUAUGCUGGUAAAUCUACUCAAUCUUCUCAAAAGAUUCAAGCUCUCCAUUCAGAUGCGUCGAAUCUUCCAACCCAAACUCUCAAAACCUUCAGAAAUAACCUCGUAGUCAGAAACGCGGAUACAGAUACGAAUGUAUAUUUUGUUCCAGGAGCAGACAAUGAAAAAGCUAUUUUGGAUAGUGAGGUUGAUAGUCAGAGAGGUAGCGAUGAUCGUGAGAAGAAUGAGAGUUUAGAGAAAUUUUCGAGGGAUGUUUGUGGGGAUUUUUGUGGGGAGGAUAUGGGUAAGAGUGAUGAAGGUGGAAGUGAAGAGAAGAGAGAUAUGGAGGGGAGUGGGAAGACGCUAGGAAAGGAAAUGAAGAUGGAGAUGAAGAAUAAGAUUAAUCCAGAUGAAAUUGAUCUUGGUCUUCAAUCUGAUGGGGAUGUGACGGAUGCAGAUGGACAUGGAGAGAAAAAUGAAAAUGAGAAUGAAGGGCUUUUUCAAAAGGAGUUGAUUGGUAAAUCUACAGAUCAUUCCGAGACUUCACAACCUUGAGAUUCUUCGAAGGUCUCUCGCUUUCAUGAAUUCACAACCAGAAACCCGAUUCAAAGAAUGCGAUUGAGGAAGUUACGGGUGGUGGGGAAAUAAAAGAGAUAAACAACCGUGACAAAAUUCCCAUCACAGGGGUUUAAGCGAAAUAUUUUAUUUCUAGGUGAAGGAAGUUGAAGUUGAUUCUAUUGCGGGUGUGGUGGGAUUGGGAAUUAUCUUGCAAUGAGCGAUGAGAGAUGAGUUGAAGAAUGGUGGAUGGCUAUACAGUUUCAUUUAUUUAUAUUUAGCGUGGCCAGAGAGG